AUGCCUACUCCACUGGAUCGCGCCAUGAACUCCAAGGUACGGAGGUUUGCAGGCAUGGUGACCGCCGUUGCAGCAUACUCCAUCUGGGGCACUGAUGUUUUCCCAAGUGAAGCUGACCCAAAAGGAAGUAAGCAAAACACAAGCAAGAGAAACAUUAAAAUACAUGCUGACGGAAAAGACCCUGAGGACUGGACUGCUGACGAAAUGAGGAGGUGGCUUCGCGUUCGGGGGCUUUUGCCGGCCAAUGAAGCGACUCGUGAGGAACUGUUGGAGCGAGUCAAAGCCAAUCUGCGGAUACCGCGUAGCUCCAAAGCACCGGUAUCCCAGUCAUAA